AUGGGCUCGUAUUCCAACUCGAAUUCCAACUCGAACGCAAACUCAAACUCCAAGCAGAACUGUUACAAGAACGAUUACUCUAACAACUACAUCCAUUCGGGAACGCUUCCUUUCAAAUACAUCAGAAACUCGAAACAGCAAGUGGAAGGAUACCCUAAGCUACAGCGGCUCUACAAGUUGAAAGAGCAGCAAGUGGAGAAGUACUCGACGAGACCAUAUGGUGCCCGGGUCGAUACAGAGAAUUUGGCCAAGACAUUGAACUCGUGGGUUUACGACUACGACCUCCAGUUCGACGUCAUCAUGAUUGGCGCCUUGACGGAAAACCAGCUGAUCUACCCGCUUCUCACGAAGCUUCCGAUCGACAAGUUGUGCUCAAAACCUGGGUUCCUUUUCAUCUGGGCGUCGACCAAGAAGAUAUCGGAACUCUCGACCUUGCUUAACGACUCUCGGACAUGGGCAAAAAGGUUCAGGAGGUCUGAGGAGUUGGUGUUUAUCCCUGUCGACAAGAACUCUGUCUACUACCCAAAAGAAUGGUCAAUUCCCGAGGAACAGAUCUUAGAAGAAGUCCAAUGGCACUGCUGGAUGUGUAUCACCGGAACAGUGCGUCGCUCAACCGAUAAGGAUAUCAUCCACUGCAACGUCAACACCGAUCUCUCUAUGGAAAACUCGUCGACGGGAAAUUCGGCCGUGCCAGCACAGAUAUACAAGGUUGUGGAGAAUUUCUCGUCGUCAACCAGAAGGUUGCACAUCAUCCCGACGUCCACGGGCUUGAAGAAACACGUCAAGGUGAGACCGGGCUGGGUCAUCGUCUCACCGGACAUAAUUCUUGACAACUUCGAACCGGAGAGAUAUAAAAAGGACAUUGAGGCAAUUGGCUCGAAGAUUCCUUACAAUGAUGAAAUCGAGCAGCUCAGACCUAAAACCCCGGUGUGA